AUGGAGGUGGGACUGUUCCAAACAAUGGUGGCCAAUGCCAAUGGCCUCAUACUGGCCGUGCUCGUGUCUCUGGGUUGCUGGGUGAUCUACACGCUCUAUUUCCACCCCCUGGCCCGAAUUCCGGGCCCCAAGUGGUGGAUCAUCAGCCGGAUUCCCUACUUCCGCAGCAUUACGACCGGCCAAUUCAUCCACUCGGUGCGGGCCCUGCACGAGCGCUAUGGCCCCGUGGUGCGCCUGGCGGCCAACGAAGUCUCCUUUACCGAUCCUCAGGCGUGGCAGGAUAUCUAUGGUCAUCACGGCGGCGAGCGGGCCUUUCCCCGGAAUCCCGUCUGGUAUCAGCCCGCCUUGAAUGGCGUGCACCACAUCUUGUCUGCAAGCAACAGCGACCAUGCCCGCAUCCGCCAUCUGCUCUCGCACGCCUUUUCUGAGCGGGCGCUCAAGUCCCAGGAGCCCAUGAUUCAGGUCUUCUUCAACCUCCUCAUUGAGCGCUUGCGCCCGCUGGCCGACGGGCGACAGGCCAUCAACAUCAAUGACUGGUUGCAGUACACCACCUUCGACAUCACCGGCGAGCUGGAGUUCGGCGAAUCCUUUGGCUGUCUGGAGAAGGGCGAGUAUCAUCCCUGGAUCAAAGUGCUGCUGUCGAACUUUCGGAAAAUCAUUCUCUUUGGGGCCAGCCAGCUGAUCCCGGGACUGCGGUUCCUGGUUGGGCUGACCAUCCCCAAGGCCGUGAUGCAGCAGCGCCAGCAGCACUUCAGCUACACCGUUGACAAGGUCAGCCGCCGGCUGGCACGAGGCAACGACCCCAUGCGCCCCGAUUUCCUCACCUACAUCAACCGCUACAACGAGGAUGAGAAGAAGGGGAUGAGUCGCGCUGAAAUCGACUCGACCUUCAACGUCCUGGUCAUAGCUGGCAGCGAAACCACGUCGACUUGCAUGACCGCCACCCUGCACUGUCUCCUCCGCAAUCCGGCCACCCUGCAGCGUCUCCAGACCGAGAUUCGCUCCACGUUCGCCCAUGACUCGGACAUCACCUUCGAUAGCACCAUUCCCCUGCCCUAUCUGAAUGCUGUCAUCGAGGAGUCCCUCCGCCUGUGUCCCCCCGCCCCGACCAUGUUGCCUCGCGUGACUCCAGCCGCGGGGGCGUAUGUCUGUGGAUACUGGCUGCCUGGAGGGACCGCCGUCGAAAUCAGCCAAUAUGCCAUGAGCCGCUCCCACGCAAACUACGGCGAUCCCGAUCGCUUCAUCCCCGAGCGCUGGCUCGUCGACGAGAAGCCCAAUCUCCACCCGCAUGAUGCCCGCGCGCACCGGCCCUUCAGCUUCGGUCCGCGUAACUGUCUCGGCCGCAGUCUGGCCUGGAUGGAGAUUCGCUGCGUGCUCUGCAAGCUGUUGUGGAACUUCAACCUGCGGAUGGAGAGCCCGGACUACGAAUGGAACGAGCAGGGCACCUACGUGAUGUGGGACAAGAAGCAGAUGCUCAUCAGUCUAACACCCGUGAAGCGGUAA